CUAUUCAGUUUAAGUACUUCUUCCGCCAAGUGUAGUCCACAUCAGAAUACCAACUCUUCAGAAUGAUUCUGAAAGUGAAAUAUUUGCUACGACUUUUGAGUGAUUUCAUAAUUGUCACAUUCCUGUUGGCCUUGUCGCUAAACAUCUCCAAGAUAUGGGGGCCAAUAAAGAAGCAUGGCUUCGUUUGUGGUGACACCUCGCUCAUAUAUCCCCUGCACAGGGAUACGGUCACUUAUGUGUGGCUCUAUGGCAUUGGUUUGGGCAUUCCCGUGGUGAUGAUUGUGGCCCUUGCACUGGUGGAGAAUUUCGUGCUGAAUAGUCGACCCUCUAAGAAUUUGCUGAGAUCAUGGCUAAUGAUCCACGUCUCUUUGCUGCCCUUCCUGUUCGGAUUUGCCGCUGAACGUUUGCUAAAGGAAAUUGGCAAAUUUGCUGUAGGCCGUUUAAGGCCAUACUUUUUUGCAGUUUGUCAACCUGUUCUCGCCGAUGGCACCAGCUGUGAGUGGGAGGAGAAUCAGGGAAAAUACAUUGAACACUACUCAUGCCAGGGUGCAGCCAAUGCCGACAAUAUCUCUCACCUAAUUAACUAUGCAAUGCGUACAUCCUUUCCCAGUGGUCACGCCAGCCUGACCGUUUACGCCAUGACCUUUGUCGUUUUCUAUCUGCAACGGUUUGGCCGUUCCCUGCGCCUCUAUCGUGCCUGCUUUGGCCUUUUCGUGCCGUUCCUGCAAUUCGCUGCCGUACUCUGGGCCUGGUUUGUGGCCAUUAGCCGUGUGACGGACUACAAACAUCAUGCGUCGGAUGUUUUGGCUGGCAGCCUGUUGGGCUUAGGUGUUGGUAUUGCGGUUUGCCGCCAUGUCCAUGGUCAUCUAAAAGGUGGUCGGGCAUUCCUUGAGGCCAUCAAUAUGCCGAAGAAAUCACCUGUAGUGAGGCGGAAUGAAAGUGUGCAAGAACAAGAACCACAACAACAACAACAACAACAGCCACAACAACAACAACAACAGCGACAACAACAAGAACACAGGGAACCUGUAGCGGAAUCUGUGGCCAGUACAUAUGUAACACCGUCCACAUCACUUUCAGAGGUUCCAUCCUAUAUAACCGAAGUUCAAGUUCAACCAUGAACCUGUGGGGGAGGAGGUUAGAGAAGAGUGUUAAUGGCUAGAAAUAGCCAUGUGGGUGUAUGUGUGGUUGUGCAACCGAAUGUAAAUUACGGCGUUUAUUUUUGUAAAUAAAAUGUAUUAAUAAAGCCUAA